AUGUCACAGAUCGCAGUUCUCAAGCCAAAUACUGAACGUGAGCAAGGCUCAAAGGUCCAACUUGGAAAUGUCCAGGCCACAAAGCAUGUCGCUGACAUUAUCCGAACCUGUCUCGGUCCUCGAUCAAUGUACAAGAUGUUGAUGGAUCCUCAGGGUGGUAUCGUUGUCACCAACGACGGAAACGCCAUCCUCCGAGAGAUCAUGGUCAAGCAUCCAGCUGCCAAGUCGAUGAUCGAAAUCUCGCGAACUCAGGACGAAGAAUGCGGCGAUGGCACCACUUCCGUCAUCAUCCUCGCCGGUGAAAUCAUGUCCGCCGCGCAGGAGUUCCUUGAGGAUCAAAUGCACCCAACCAAAAUCAUCAACGCCUACCGAUUAGCUCUCGAAGACAUUGACGAAUUCAUGAACAAUGAUUUCGGCAAGACCAUUGAUCCAAACAAUGACGAAGACAUGGCCAAGUUGGUCAACUCAGCUCUUGGAACGAAAUUCAUCAGCCGAUGGAUGGAUUUGGCUACCAAGAUGGCCAUCAAAGCUGUCCGAACCGUUCAUAUCAAAGAAAAUGGCCGAACUGAAAUUGAUAUCAAACGAUUUGCGAAAGUCGAGAAGAUUCCUGGUGGCCAUAUUGAAGAUAGCGAGGUGCUCAACGGAGUUAUGUUGAACAAAGACAUCACUCACCCAAAGAUGAAGCGACGAAUCGAGAACCCACGAAUUCUUCUCUUGGAUUGCUCCCUUGAAUAUCAAAAGGGAGAGAGUCAAACAGACAUGGAGUUGUCGAACGAAGCCGACUUCACCCGAAUUCUCCAGCUCGAAGAAAACUAUAUCAAAGAAAUCUGUGACAACAUCAUCGCUCUCAAGCCAACCCUUGUUUUCACCGAGAAGGGCAUCUCCGAUUUGGCACAGCACUUCUUGGCCAAGGCUGGAAUCACUGCUAUCCGACGAGUCCGAAAAACAGACAACCUUCGAAUCGCACGAUGCUGCGGCGCGACAAUCAAAUCGCGAACCGACGAGAUCAGCGAGGACGACAUUGGAACCGAAGCCGGUCUCUUCGAAAUAAAAAAGAACACUGCCUGUACAAUCAUCUUGAGAGGCGCUUCCAAGGACGUUCUCAUGGAAGUUGAGCGAAACCUUCAGGACGCCAUGCAGGUCGCAAGAAACGUGCUUCUUGAAUGCAAAAUCGUCCCCGGAGGCGGCGCUUGCGAACUCGCUGUCGGCAGCUUCUUGAAUCAAAAUGCAAAGAAGUACCACGGCGAAGAACAGUUCCCCUACAGAGCUCUCGCCCGAGCCCUGGAAGUGAUUCCCCGAACACUCGUCCAGAACUGUGGUGGCAACACGAUCAGAACACUGACAGAGCUGCGAGCAUUGCACGCCAAGGGAAACAACAAUCACGGCGUGAACGGCGAAACUGGAAAGAUUUGCGAUAUGGAGAAGCUUGAUAUUUGGGAGCCUUUGACUGUCAAAUUGCAAGUGUACAAAACCGCGAUCGAAACAGCAACUCUUCUGCUGAGAAUCGACGACAUCGUCCAAGGAACGAAACGCGCGGACGGUAGCGAAGGAAUUGGCGCAGUUUCGCAAAACUAA